AUGCCUUUCAACUCCGCUUCUGACGCCUUUCAACUCCACCCCGACGUUCGCUCGUGGAACGAUCCUCAGGCGUCCUACGACGCGCACUCCAAGUGCUUCGUGUGCGGGAACUCGCACGAGCGCGGGCUCGGGCUGAAGAGCUACAGGGACGAGCGCGACCCUGGCGUCGACGACGACGCCAUCGUGGGCGCGCUGCGGUCCACGGUCGUCGUCGGCGAAGACUACCAGGGCCUCCCCGGCAUCGUCUCCACGGGCGUCAUGGACGCGUUGAUGAUCUGUCACGGCGCGUGGCAGGCGGGGGUGACGCUGAUGGAUAAGUCGGUGCUCCCGCGGCCGCCGCUCGUGCUCACGAAGAGUUUCAGCAUGGAGGUCAACGAUCGCUUGCCCCCCGGCACGGAGAUCGAGAUCACGACCAAGGCGGUGGAGGUGAAGGACGCGAAGGAGCCGUUCAGGGUGAAGGUGACGAUGGAGUUGCGCGCGGCUGGCGACGACGACCACGGCGGCGAGGCGUUUCGGUGCGCCACGGGGGAGGCGACGUACGUCAAGGUCGGGGCGGUGCGGUCGAUGUGGUGA